AUGAUUCAGAUGAGGGAAGUCACCAAGAGCAACUCUGAGAGGGAAACAAACAUUAUCCUGUUACACAGCAGUUACAACAACCUGACUGAAGAGAAAGACGAGUUACAGACCAGACACAACAACCUGACUAAAGAGAAAGACGAGUUACAGACCAAAUACAACAACCUGACUAAAGAGAAAGACCAGUUACAGACCAGACACAACAACCUGACUGAAGAGAAAGACCAGUUACAGACCAGACACAACAACCUGACUGAAGAGAAAGACGAGUUACAGACCAGACACAACAACCUGACUGAAGAGAAAGACGAGUUACAGACCAGACACAACAACCUGACUGAAGAGAAAGACGAGUUACAGACCAGAUACAACAACCUGACUGAAGAGAAAGACGAGUUACAGACCAGAUACAACAACCUGACUAAAGAGAAAGACGAGUUACAGACCAGAUACAACAACCUGACUGAAGAGAAAGACGAGUUACAGACCAGAUACAACAACCUGACUAAAGAGAAAGACCAGUUACAGACCAGAUACAACAACCUGACCAAAGAGAAAGACCAGUUACAGACCAGAUACAACAACCUGACUGAAGAGAAAGACGAGUUACAGACCAGAUACAACAACCUGACUAAAGAGAAAGACCAGUUACAGACCAGAUACAACAACCUGACUAAAGAGAAAGACCAGUUACAGACCAGUUACAACAACCUGACUAAAGAGAAAGACCAGUUACAGACCCGUUACAACAACCUGACUGAAGAGAAAGACGAGUUACAGACCAGUUACAACAACCUGACUAAAGAGAAAGACUAGUUACAGACCAGAUACAACAACCUGACUAAAGAGAAAGACCAGUUACAGACCAGAUACAACAACCUGACUAAAGAGAAAGACCAGUUACAGACCAGAUACAACAACCUGACUAAAGAGAAAGACCAGUUACAGACCAGAUACAACAACCUGACUAAAGAGAAAGACCAGUUACAGACCAGUUACAACAACCUGACUAAAGAGAAAGACCAGUUACAGACCAGUUACAACAACCUGACUGAAGAGAAAGACCAGUUACAGACCAGAUACAACAACCUGACUGAAGAGAAAGACCAGUUACAGACCAGUUACAACAACCUGACUGAAGAGAAAGACCAGUUACAGACCAGAUACAACAACCUGACUGAAGAGAAAGACCAGUUACAGACCAGUUACAACAACCUGACUGAAGAGAAAGACCAGUUACAGACCAGAUACAACAACCUGACUGAAGAGAAAGACAAGCUGCAAGAGAGAUUUGAAGCCCUGACCAAAGACAUAAAUGAUCUUCAGAGAGAGAGAGGUUGUUAUAUCCCAGGAAAAUGAAGGCUCGAUUUACUGCACACAAAGGAAGAGGAUCGCGCUUGAGUUGUACCUAUCUUUCACAAUGAAGGCUGUAGACAUAUACACUGCAUCAUUGCUUACCAGAGAGCAUUUUGCAAAGAGGCGACUCAACAAAAAAGCUUAACUCAGGAUCCCUGGCUUCCUGUCCAUCCGCCUGCCUGCUACCUGCUACCCACUUCACCCUCUGCCUCCACAAGCAGGAUGUUCUCUGUCCUCCGAACCCUUUCCCUGGAAACCCCUUAAAUAUACCUCCUAUCUAUUGUAUUAUUAAGUAAUACUUCCCUGCUUUUGGUGUGUGAUUUAUCUA